AUGAGUGUUAUUUCCGAUUCUAUGUCUAUUGUAUCAACAAAAACAUCUUCAAGUGAUCUCUAUAGUAUGUCUUAUCUAUUAAAUCAUAUACGAGCUCAACGAAUUUCAAACAAUAAAAGUCUAUCACCAUCUCGUAUUAUUCAACAACAAUCAAAAUCUCAUCGUUCUAUAAAUAGUCCUAGAAAUUUAAUAAAUAUGCAACAAAAACAAACAAUUAUAAGCACACCAAUUCAUAAACGUAAUCAGAUAUCAUCGAAAUCGAAUAAAGAUACAUUUAUUAUGGAUGAUUAUUCAAAUAAAAAUGUUCAUAGAAGUUUAUAUAAAAAAUUCUACAAAAAACUCAUAGGUGUAGUCAUUGGUGGAUGGUUAGGUGGUUUGUUCGAAUUUCUUACUGGUGGUCACAAUGGAUGUAAUAAUGAAUAUCGUGGUCAUGUUCAAUGUCAAAAAAAAUAUGCAAAUUUAACAAUAAUGGCUCGUUGUAUUAAUAUAUUCUAUACAAAUUUAACUUUAGAAAAUUCUCCAUUUAUAUGUUUAUGUCGUUUUCGUAAUAAUUCUCAAGGAAAAUAUCGUGAUUGUGAAUUUUUUCAUGUAAAGAUACAAUAUAUUUAA